AUGUGUGGAUGCAGAGACGCAGACGCCAAGCUGAGCUCAGUAGACGCUACCACAGCAAAACCGCUAUCAUCACCAGAAGAAACUCAAGCUCUAACCAGACUUGAAUCUACUACCGCCUUGAAGAACGGCAGGUACGAGGUCGAGAAGGUCCGGCUUGUAUGGGAUGCAGCCGCCCAAUCCGGCGGCAAGGCCCUGAAUGACAACAUCUGGAGUGGUCCAGAUCUCCUAAACUCCCUGUUUGACCGCUUACUCUCAUUCCGAGUGGGACGAGUGGCGAUCUGUGGCUAUAACGCCGAGAUGUUCCACCAGUUCCGAGUGAGACCAGCAGACACCCAUGCGCAAAGGUUUCUGUGGUUCGACAGCAAAUCCGAGAGGCAAGAGCCUAAUGUCUAUGUUAUGGAAGCGCUUACUUUCGGAAUCAAUUGCGCACCCUGCAUUGCACACUUUAUUCGUGACAAAAAUGCAGAUCGAUUCUGCCAACAGUACCCUCAAGCAGCACAAGCCAUGAAGGACUACCACUACGUGUAUGAUUUUAUAAACAGCGGCGACAACUCAAGUCAGAGAAAUCCAUGCAGCAGCUGUCGAAAUUACCGCAACAGAAAAGGUACUCGGCUUAUAUUGGAUGCCGAACUCCGACGUAUUCACAUCUGCAAGUUCGCCAGGCUGAAGGGCAACGUUUUAGACAGCGACAAAACACCAACCAAACGGGAGCUCUUGCAAGUACUUAUGUCAAUGUACGACCCACUCGGCUUCAUCUCAUGCUUUACAAUAGAGCUGAAAAUCCUCCUGCAAGAAGUCUGGAGAAGCGGCAUUGGCUGGGAUACUGGUUUGCCCGACGCAUUGUUACCCAAAUGGAUACGAUGGAAACGGAUCCUUACAACAAUCGCCGGAUUGACCAUCCCGAGAUGUUAUUUCAACAGCAGCGAUCAAAUCCAUGAUGUAGAGUUACACACGUUCGUUGACGCCAGCGAAUUGGCAUACGCAGCAGUCUGCUACCUUCGGAUACGCCUGGGGGAAAGAACCUACCUCAGAUUCGUGGCCUCCAAGGCGAAAGUGGCACCGUUAAGUCCACUAUCUAUACCAAGGAUGGAACUGCAGGACGCAGUUAUCGGAGCAAAGCUGAGUAACCGAAUCCAACGCAAUCCAAGUUUGUCAAUUAAUUCGAGUUAUUAUUGGUCCGACUCAAAGACUGUUCUCAAAUGGCUUCGUAUGGAUCCACGAAAGUUUCAGCAAUUCGUCAUGCACCGCGUGGGCGAAAUACUGGAAUUCACAAACAUGAAAACCAGCUCCUACGUACCCGAGGGCGAGCAGAAAACCUAA